AUGCCUUGUGAAAUUAUAACUUUACAAUUGGGACAAUGUGGAAAUCAAAUUGGCUUUGAAUUUUGGAAAAGAUUAUGUGCGGAACACGGUAUUAAUCCAUCAGGAAUAUUAGAACCUUUUGUAACUGAUGGAGUAGAUAGAAAAGAUGUUUUUUUUUAUCAAGCCGAUGAUGAACAUUAUAUUCCAAGGGCAGUUUUAUUAGAUUUAGAGCCCAGAGUUAUAAAUAGCAUUAUGAAUUCAGAGCAUAGUAAGCUUUACAAUCCGGAAAAUGUGUAUGUUUCAAAACAUGGAGGUGGAGCAGGAAAUAAUUGGGCUUCUGGAUAUUCCCAGGGAGAAAAAUUAACAGAUGAAAUAUUUGAUAUAAUUGAAAGGGAAGCAGAAGGAUCUGACAGCAUAGAGGGGUUUGUACUAUGUCAUUCUAUUGCUGGUGGUACAGGUUCAGGUAUGGGUUCUAACAUUUUAGAACAAUUAACAGAGAGAUUCCCUAAAAAACUUAUUCAAACUUAUAGUGUGUUUCCAAAUCAGGAUGAAAUUAGCGAUGUUGUCGUUCAACCAUAUAACAGUUUGCUAACAUUAAAAAGAUUGACACAUAGUGCUGAUUGUGUAGUAGUACUAGACAAUACAGCUUUAAAUAGAAUAGCAACUGAUCGAUUACAUAUAUCAAAUCCAAGUUUUGCCCAAAUAAAUACUUUAGUUUCUACAAUAAUGUCCGUUUCGACUGCAACAUUAAGGUAUCCUUCUUACAUGAACAAUGAUCUAAUAGGACUUAUUGCACCACUUAUUCCAGCUCCGAGAUUGCACUUUCUAAUGACUGGUUACACUCCUUUAACCACAGAUCAAGAAAAUGCAUCUGUGAGAAAAACAACUGUACUAGAUGUAAUGAGAAGACUGUUGCAACCUAAAAAUAUGAUGGUUUCUACUGCAUUUGACAGAAAUGCUGCUCAUUGUUAUAUUUCAAUUUUAAAUAUCAUACAAGGAGAAGUUGACCCUACCCAAGUUCAUAAAUCAUUACAAAGAAUAAGAGAGAGAAAAUUAGCCAAUUUUAUUCCAUGGGGUCCUGCUAGUAUUCAAGUGGCUUUAUCCAAAAAAAGCCCAUACAUUCAAACUUCUCACAGGGUAUCAGGUCUAAUGCUUGCAAAUCAUACAAAUAUUUCAUCACUUUUUCAGGGAGUUUUAAUGCAAUAUGAUAAAUUGAGAAAAAGAAAUGCAUUUUUAGAACAGUUUAAAAAGGAGGACAUGUUUGCUAAUAAUUUUGAUGAGCUAGAUAAUUCUAGUAGGGUAGUUAUGGAACUUGUCGAAGAAUACUUAGCAGCCACUAAAAAGGAUUAUUUAUCAUGGGGUUCAGAAGAGGUAUCGUGGUUGGAUGAAUUAGUCGAUAAUGCUUCCAUUUGUAAUUGCUCAACGCUAUCAGAAUAUAAUGUUUAUAAAAUAGAAGUGUAA